AUCCGAAUUUUCGCCAUCAUGACCAACAGAAUCGACGCCACGUUUGCCCGCUGCAAGCAAGAAGGCAAGACGGCCUUCAUCACCUUCAUCCCAUGCGGGUACAAGGAAAAGGCCGACACGAUCCCUAUCCUCCUCGCGUGCCAGGCAGGCGGCGCGGACAUCAUCGAGGUGGGUAUUCCGUACUCGGACCCUGGUGCCGAUGGCCCUGUGAUUCAAAGAGCCCACCAAAACGGCGUCGACCAAGGGAUUACGUUUGCGGAUGUGUUGCAAACCGUGUCGGACGCUCGCGCGCAGGGCUUGACCGUGCCGGUGGUGCUCAUGGGUUAUUUCAACAACUUCCUGCAAUAUGGACUCGACACAGUAUGCCCACACUCCAAGAAAGCCGGAGUCGAUGGCUUCAUCGUAGUGGACUUGCCGCCAGAAGAAGCGACGGAAGUGAGUGCCUUGACCAAGCAGCAUGGCAUUUGCUUCAUUCCUCUUGUUUCCCCCACCACCGUCGACAGCCGCAUGCGUACGAUCGAUCGAUCGAUGGCUUCACCCUGCAUCUUGGUCUUCCUAACCUCAAACGUCUGGUUUUGCAUGUCCGUAGCGUUGAUCGCGGCAGUGGGCAGUGGAUUUUGCUACGUCGUCAGUUUAACGGGUGUCACUGGGUCCCGCAACGCGAUGGCUGUCAAUUUGGAAGAAUUUGUCAUCCGAAUUCGCAAGCAUAUUUCGCUUCCGCUGGCGCUGGGCUUUGGGUUGUCGUCCAAGGCGCAUGUGCAAGCGGCCGGAAAGCUCGUGGAUGGCGCGGUGAUCGGAUCCAAGAUCGUCAACGUCAUCGACGAAGCUCCCCGCGACCAACGGGCGCAAAAGGUCAAGGACUUUUGCCUGUCCAUCACCCAGUAGACUCCGCUCCACUCCUUUGCACCCACAGCCUACCUUGUGAUACAUUCCCGCCAACCUCCUUGCACUCUUGUCUUGAAAUAAAGUACACUCCAUCGCA